GCACCCAGUGGUCCAGCACGUCCCCGGAGCCCGCGACAGACCGCGCCCGCCCGAGCCCGCCGCCACCAUGAUGUGCGGGGCCCCCACCGCCACGCAGCCCGCCACCCCCGACACCCAGGCCAUCGCCGAUCAGGUCAGGGCCCAGCUGGAGGAGAAGGAGAACCGGAAAUUCAACACCUUUAAGGCCGUGGAGUACAAGUCCCAAGUGGUGGCUGGAAGGAAUUACUUCAUCAAGGUUCAGGUGGAUGAGGACGAGUUCGCACAUCUCCGCGUGUUCGAGAGCCUCCCACACGAGAACAAGCCCUUGGUCCUGGCCAACUACCAGACGAGCAAAGCCCGGCACGAUGAGCUGACCUACUUCUAGGCGGUGCAGCUGCAGCAGACACCCCCCCCCCUUCCCCCGCCAUGUGACCUGCCCCGAGUCACUCUGAUGCUGUGUUCCCACAAAAUGCCCAUUUU